AUGCAGUGCUGGGCGAGCUGGCGAGUGAGCUCCGUUUCGCGGUUCCAGAUUCCGCCAGAUUUCAUUGGCCCUGUGCAGAUUCGGCCAAAUGGGCUGGCAGAGUGGUGGCAGACUCCAGCAGGAGCAGGCUCCUGGGAAAGACCCUCUCUGCUCGACAUGUCAUGGCUUGGGUUUAAAAAGGCCGUCAAUCGCGCCGGAGCACACGUGAUUCUGCGUACAAACAAGGGCGAGCCCUCUGUUGACCCGGAGUUCGACGCCCAGGAAGCCAAUUUCCGGAAACUCGAGUCCUACACCAACGAGCUGGACAAGGAGCUGGGCCGUUUUGUGAGCAAUUUCGAGAACCUGCUGGAGACACAGAUCAACAUGGCCAAAACGCUGGACUCGUUCUACGGCGACUACAGUUUUGAUCUCAAGGCCGACAAGCGAGCGGAAGCCGCGGACCCGGCAGACGAACACAAGGUAAACCUCCGAGACGGGAUUUCGCUGGACUAUUUGCAGAUGGUGGAGGACAUUAAAAACAACAUUCUGCCGGAAAUCCUUGAGCCAAUGAGCAUCACGGUCGUGGAGCCGAUCAAGGAGCUGAAGAAGUACAACGACGAGAUCAACAAGCUCAUCAAGAAGCGCGCACGCAAGAAGGUGGACUACGACGUUUCGCGGUUCAAGUUCUCGAAAUUGCAGAGCGAGUACGAAGCGGCUGAGCGACAGGCGGCCGAGCAAAACCACGCCGAGAAGACAGACCAGCUGCAGAAGAGCAUGGAUAAGCUGCAGAAGUUCAAAGUGGAGUACGACGAGGCAGAAACUAUCUACAUGGACAUCAACACGCGGCUCAAGAACGAGAUCGAGCAGUUCAUAGCGCUCCGGCUGUCAUUGGUGGACCCUACGUUUGAGAGUUUCAUCAAGAUCCAACUCAAGCUGUAUAGCGACAUUUUCGCUAGGCUGGAGGAGAAGCACCAGCAGCUGGACGCCAUGACUGUUCAGGAACACGAGGAGGACAAAAUCGACGCAAGGCUCGAAGAAAUACUGUCCCGAAUGAGAGCUCUAGAUAUUAAGAAUUUAUGA